AUGAGAAUCAAAGCCUUUCCAACUCCAACAUUGAUUGAUACUGUUGUUGGAGGAAAUUCGUAUGGAGAUGGAGUGAGAGCAUUGGACUCUGUGAUUGCAUCCACUUCAUUAUUCAUUUCUCCAUACUCUGGUAAUAUAUAUUUGGCCGAUAGAAACAAGAUUAGAAAAUAUAAUCCUCAGACUGGUUUAAUUACUGCUGUGGCAGGAACUGGGUUUAUUGGAAAUUCAUAUGAUGAAAUCAAAGCAACUCAAACACCUUUCAAUACAGUCUCAUCCAUAGCAAGAACAAAAAGUGGAGAUAUUGUUUUUAUUGAAAGAUUUGCUUAUAAGAUCAAAGUGUUGAAAAGAAAUGGACGAUUGAAGACCAUCGCAGGUACUGGAACAUCGGGAUUUUCAGGUGAUGGUGGAUUGGCAAUUAAUGCAAAAAUCAAUCCUUCCAAUGGUGACAUUGCCAUUUCUGAAGAGGGAGAUAUUUAUUUUGGAGAUGCAGGUAAUCAUAGAAUCAGAAAAAUCUUGACCAACGGUACCAUUGUAACAGUGGCAGGGACAGGCUCUUCUGGAUAUGCAGGUGAUGGAGGUUUGGCAAUUAAUGCCAAAUUAUUCAGCCCUAAUGGUAUUGCACUCUCUAAUACGAGUGAGUUAAUUAUAAUGGAUACCAACAACCACAGAAUUAGAAAAAUUCUCACUAAUGGUACUAUUAUCACAAUUGCUGGAGAUGGUACGGGAGGAUUUACAGGAGAUUCAGGACCCUCAACUUCUGCCAGAAUAUACAAACCUACAUCAGGAAAAUUCAAUUCUAAUGGCGAUUUGAUAUUUGUAGAUAGCUACAACGCCAGACUUAGAAUUAUUUAUUCCAAUGGUACAAUAUCGACAAUUGCUGGAGUUGGCUCGCUCGGAUAUUCAGGAGACGGGGGAGAUGCAUUAGCGGCACAACUUAAUUAUCCCUCUAGUGUCGCAUUGUUUAACGAUGAAAUUUAUUUUUUGGAUUCGAGUAAUAAGGUUAUUAGAAAGAUUAAUUCUAAUGGAAUUAUUUCAACAGUGGUCGGAAGCAGAGCAUCCUCAUUUAUGGGUGAUGGUUAUGAUGCCAAAUUGGCUAGUAUAAGUUUCUUGGACGCAUUUUCCGUUAACAAUAAGACCAUUCUUUUGAAUGACUUUAGAUCUAUCAGAUACGUUUCUUCAGACGGAAAAAUAUCAACCAUUGCUGGUAAUUUGAACAGUGGUGAUUAUUCUCCAGAUGGCACUUUAGCAAACAAUUCAAAACUCAAUCCUACUUGUGUUUACAAUGGUGGUAACGAAUUUUUUGUCUGUGAUCAUGGUGCUUAUAUUAGAAGAAUUAAGAACAAUAUACUAGAUACCGUUGCUGGAUUAUCUGAUAUUUUUGCUGGCAAUGAAGGUCCUGCUAACACUUCAAUCCUAACAACUGCAUAUGGAGUCACUGUUAAACCAUCCACAGAUGAAAUUUUUAUUGCUCAAACUUUAUCCUCCUCUUCCAUAAGAAGAGUAGAUUCGAGAGGAGUUAUUUCAGUAUACGCUGGCAUUAUGUAUAACAGAUCUGUAUCCAAUGACGGAUUACAUCGCCUCAAUGCGCCAUUCAAGGAUCCAUAUAAGGUUGCAUUUGCUUCUAAUGGAGAUAUGUAUGUCUGUGAACAUGGUAGCUACAAAAUCAGAAAAAUUUCAGCGUCCACUGGAUUAGUUUCAACAUUUGCUGGUAAAGCAUCAGGAACUGUUGUUGAUGGUGAUUUGGCUACGAAUGCACUGCUAAUGAGUCCCGUUUAUAUCACUGUGGCACCAAAUGACGAUGUUUAUAUUUCAGAAGGUUCUAACAUUAAACGGAUUGAUGUAAGUUCGGGACGAAUAUAUAGGUAUGCAGGACUGUCAGGAAGCUAUAGUCCUGGAUAUUCAGGAGAUGGUGGUAGAGCUAUUCUUGCAAAACUUAAUGCACCAGUGGGAAUCAAAAUGACUUCAAGUGGAGUGUUAUACAUUGCAGAUCAAUGGAAUCAUCGAAUUAGACAAGUUAAUGCCAGUGGUUUUAUCUCAACAAUCGCAGGAACAGGAGAACGUAAUUUUACAGAUGGUGGACCGGCACUACAAGCAGCCAUUGAUCGUCCUAUUGGACUCGCUGUUUCUCCAAUUAAUGGUGAUGUUUAUUUUGUGGACUCUGGAAAUAUCAGAAUAAGAAAAUUCACACCAGGCGGAAACAUUUAUACGGUUGCUGGUUGUGGAAGGAGUGGCUACAAAGGCGACGGCGAUUUGGCUAUCAAUUCUUGUUUGACAAGCCCAUAUGAUUUGGAAUUUCUUCCAAAUGGAGAGCUGUUGAUUGUCGAUGGAUUUAAUAGAAUUAGAAAAGUUGAUUUGAAUGGAAUUAUUACAUCCAUUGUUGGUGGUGUGGGAAAUGGAGCUAUUGCCGUAAAUAGUUCUGUUUCACCAACUUCUAUCGAUAGAGAUGCUCAAGGGGCUUUUUAUUUUACAGAAAACACAAAGAGUGACAUUAGGAAACUUGACCAAAACUAUUACAUACAUGCAUUUGCAGGAUCAACAAUGUCCGGUUAUGGUGGUGAGAAUGAGCAUCGUCUUGUUACUGAUUUUAUGGAUGUUAGGGAUGUAACUGUUGCAUUGAAUGGAGAGUUUUUGGUGACUGAUGGAAAUCGCAUUAGGAAAAUUGACUCGAGUGGCCUUGUAACAACCAUUGCUGGUAAUGGAGUCUCAAAUUACUCAGGUGAUGGUGGAUUGGCAAUUAAUGCUCAACUCAGUACUCCUUAUAGUGCAGUCAUGGCACCUAAUGGAGAUAUUUACAUAUCUGACACAAUCAACAAAAGAAUUAGAAAAAUUGAUAGGAACACUGGAAUCAUUACAACAGUCGCGGGCAACGGCAACAGUGGAUAUAGUGGCGACUUUGGGUAUGCAUCCCAAGCAUUAAUAUCACAACCAACUUAUAUAAGAAUGAUGGAUAGUGAUGUGUACUUCAUAGACAAUACCAAUAAGGUAAUCAGAAGAAUUGCAACUGAAUGCCCUCGUUACUCCCAAGUCAAUCCAACUAAUGUCUCAGAUUGCAUUUGCUUACCUGGGUAUUACGGAGAGUUGUGUGAAGAUUUUGACUGUUUCGGAAUUAAUCAGGCCAAUGGAACAUCAUGCUCUGGAAAUGGUAUAUGUACUGCACCAGAUACAUGUCAGUGUGCAGAGACUUAUUAUGGUGAUGAGUGUGAAUCCUUUUAUUGCUUUGGAGUGUUGAAAAAUGAAACCAAUGUUUGUUCAGGACAUGGCCAAUGCGUUGAAUCUGACACGUGUACUUGUGAAAAUGGGUAUCAAGGUCCACAAUGUGUACAUGUCUGCUUUGGUAUUGAUGCAACACAUUCACAGGUUUGUUCUGGAAAUGGACAAUGUGUUGGACCUGAUUUGUGCAAUUGUACUUCUUCUUAUUUUGAUGGAAACUAUUGCCAAAAUCCAAUUUCUUGUUUCGGAAUACCAUUCAAUGAUUCGAGUGUUUGUUCUGGAAAUGGACAAUGUAUUGAACCUGAUUUGUGCAAUUGCACUUCCCCUUAUUUUGGGAACAACUGCCAAUCCUUACCAAGCUCUCUUUCAUGUUUUGGAAUUAGUUCAACAGAUCCCAAUGUUUGUUCAGGAAAUGGACAAUGUAUUGGUCUUGAUCAAUGUAAUUGUACUUCUCCUUAUUUUGGGAACAACUGCCAAUCCUUACCAAGCUCUCUUUCAUGUUUUGGAAUACUACCCAACGAUUCAAGCGUUUGCUCUGGAAAUGGACAAUGUGUUGGACCUAAUCAAUGUAAUUGUACUUCUCCUUAUUUUGUUGGAAAUUACUGCCAAAAUCCAAUUUCAUGUUUCGGCAUACUAUUCAAUGAUUCAAAUGUUUGUUCAGGAAAUGGACAUUGUAUUGAACCUGAUUUGUGCAAUUGCACUUCCCCUUAUUUUGGAUCUAAUUGCCAAAAUAUACUUUCAUGUUUUGGAGUUCCAUUCAAUGAUUCAAAUGUUUGUUCAGGAAAUGGACAAUGUGUCAGACCUGAUCAAUGCAAUUGUACUUCCCCUUAUUUUGGGAACAAUUGCCAAUCCUUACCAAGCUCUCUUUCAUGUUUUGGAAUUAGUUCAACAGAUCCCAAUGUUUGUUCAGGAAGAGGACAGUGUAAUUCAACUGACCAUUGUAUCUGUACAUCUAUUUCAAAUGCUGCUGUACAUGGAAAUGCGUGUCAAAAUGUUCAAUGUUUACCAAAUUAUUAUGGCUCAUCUUGUGAACAAUAUUGUGAAUUCAGUACAAAUUGUUCUUCUCAUGGCAAAUGUUCAAACGAUGGAAGCAAUUGCACAUGCUUUUCAAAUUCAACUUCUGGAUUUUGGACUUCACCAAAUUGCUCCAUGUGUACGAGUGAAUAUUAUGGAGAAUUUUGUUUAACAAGAUUUAUUCCCAACGUUAGAUUUAGUGAUGAUGCUACCCAACUCUCGUUCAAAUUAUAUGCACCUUUUUAUUAUUCAUCCAUGAGUGUUACUUGUUCUCAUUUAGUGGAUUCAUCUAGUAUUAAUUUGGGAAGUGAUGCUGUUUGUACAUGGAAUGACAAGACCAAUGGUGAUUUUGUGAUUGUUUUGGGAAGAGAUCAUUCAGUUCAAGUUGAUUCUACAAUCAAGAUUAAUGUUCGUGUUUUUGAUAUGGUUCCAAGUAGUGAGUAUAUUCAAACAUUAGUACUUGCACCACUCGUCAUGAUCAAACCAAUUGCAACCAUUACAACAGCGCCAACAGAAUACAGUUCAUGUGACCAAGUUGUCAUCCAAGGAUCAAGCAAUUCAUUAUUGGUGAAAUAUAACUGGACAAUUCUCUCUUCACCAGGGGUGUUGACGCAACAAAUGAUUGGUAUUACCAAUACCUCAAGUCUAGAAUUCAAUUCAAAUGCUCCAUCUGGAAGUUAUUCAGUUGAGCUAGUGGUGACAAAUUUUUUCAAUGUUGAAAGCGAUGCAGUCACGUUUAACUUUACAAAGAUAGCCUCUGCUAUUCCAAAAGUUGAAAUCUAUUAUUCCAACCAAAUGUACGUGAACGUAGACCGUAUGCCUGCGUACAUAUUGAAAUAUUUGACGUUCACAGGUUGUUCGCUCAAUGACACGUUUGAUUCAUCUGCAGUUUCUAUCGAGUGGAAACAAACCCAAGGCCCCCCAACCAAUUUUACACAAUUACCCAAUAACGAUUUGAUGAUCCAUUCAUUCUCUAACAACACUGCUCAAGAUUACAUAUUUGAAGCAACUUUGACCUAUUUCAACGCAUCAAAAUUCACAACUCGAGUUGAUAUUCAUACGCUGGAAGAAGAAUAUGACAUUGUUCUCUAUGAAUCAUCCAUUACAUCCACUCAAGCAACGAUCAAAGUGGAAACAAAUCCAUCUGAAAAAAUUGACUCUAUCAAUAGGUAUGAAUGGGCUUGGAAUUGUGUCAAUUCAGAUGAUCAAACUCAGUGUGAUCAAUCCAUGUUGAAUUUCUUAAAUACUCAAGCUUCACUGAAAUCAACGAGUUUUGUUUUACCUCUUUCUGGAUCAAAGACAUCCAUAGAUUUGAGAUUGACUAUCAACAACAGAAUUGGAAAACUUUCAUUGAGAUUCCCUGAAGAUGAAACAGUUCCAGUGAUUAGUGUGCUGUCACUGUCUCCUACUAAAAGCUAUCUCACUACUUCUGAAGUUCUAAAUAUUCAAUUAUUGGUUAGUUUGAAUGGACAAGUUGAAGGAAUUAACUCGUUGCUGUCAAGAGAGUGGACCCUUAAUGGCCAAUCUAUUGCUCCAACCAUGUUAUUGGAUGGAUCUGACAUUAUCAAAUCCAACAAGAUUUUAUUGGAUAUUUCUAAAUUAACUCAAGGAUCAUCUCAUACAUUAACAUUUAGAGCAGCAACUUUACAUGGAAAGUCAACAAGUUACACCUAUUCAUUCUCAGUAGCUAUGAACCCAACACCUUGUUCAUGUUCAAUUACGCCAUCAAGAGGAUAUGCUCUAGAAACUGAGUUUACAAUUUCGUGUCCCAAUUGCCUACAAAGUGAGAAUAUCUUACAAAUCAGCUUUUUAGAUCGCAAAACUGGAUUGAAAAUUCCUCUGGUUGAAAUUAACAAUCCACAAUUUAAAACUUUGUUACCAUACACUGGUGAAUCUGAAUCUGUUACUCUCUAUUUUGUGAAUAAGAAUAUUCAAAGCAAUGCCAAAGCUGAAACAUCCAUCCGUACGAAUCUCGUUCUACCUUUGACAUAUUCGUUGACUGAAGCCAAAAAGAAAAAGAUAUUUUGGGAUGAAUGGUACAAGACACUUGCUUCUGGAGAUCCAAGAAAAACUGUGUUGGGAUAUAUUACCACAACGGUUGACGCAAUGAUAAAGAAGAUAACAAGAAGGUCACAAGUCUCUAUUUCACCAGAUUGUGUUCAUGGUUUUUACGAUUCAGUGAUCGAUAUUUGUUUUUGUAACGAAGGGUACAAGAAGAGUGAUUGCAGUAUGACAAUUUCUGAAUGGUUGGAAAAGUCAAACACAAAAUGGAAUACUUCAAAACUAAUUUUUGACGAAAUGAAAUUUAGAAAUGAGCUUGAACCUCAAAAUGAAAUCAAACUUUCGUCACAAAUAUCUGAAAUGUAUCACUUAUUGGAAACGUAUGACGAAAUCAAUCAGGAAACACUUGACAUGGCUGUGGAAAUUUUCAAAAAACAACUCAAAGAUGUUCUAAAAUUGCAAUCUUUAAUUCUAUCCAGCUCAUUGACAAAUGUCAUGAUUAGCACAUUGGAAUUAAUGGUCAAAGCAAGACUUUCUCUUACCACAAAUGUUACUUUAGAUUUGUACAAUGACAUUUUAUCCAUGAGUGAAGAUUUAUCAAGCAUUCAAUUGAGAAAUCAAUUUUCAUCGAAAAUUCAAACUAACCUUUUCACUCUCGUUGCUAGAAAAGCGUAUCCAUCAGAGUUGUCAGACAUGAGCAUUUCAUACAAUGGUGACAAUGAUACUGUCCAUUAUCCUAUUUGGAUGACCAAGUAUUUUGAUCGCCUUGAUUUGAGAAAACAGGUCUUUUGCAAAGUGAUCAGAAAAUCAGUUCCAUCCACAAUUACUGAAUCCCAUGCAAUGAGUACUCAAUCGGAAAUUUACACAACAUUGAAAAGUGCCACCUACACUCUUUCAUCUCAAAUUGUGAAUCAAAAUGUAACAAUUCCAUCAAGUGAUAAGGUAGUGUCCUAUUCAUUCUAUUUUGUUAGAAGCAAUUCAGAUUCAACAAAUAUAACAACUGAAGGAAAUGUUGUCAAGAAUGAAACCAUCUCUUCAGAAAUGAUUUGUCAAAGUGUCGUUCCUUGUAACCUUCAAAGUUUGGGGAAUAAUUACUAUAGGUGUCAAUGUGCUCAAUCCACUCAAGUUACACUUGUCGAGAAAACAACAAGAUCAAUCACCAUCAAGCAACAACGUCCACCACCACCACAACCACCACAAGUUGAGAGUUCUAAUCUUGCCUUUAUUGGUUUCUUGGCAUUCCUGAUACCUGUUGCUGUUGUUGUGAGUGUUGUCGCAGGAUUAUCUUUUUAUCGCAUUUGCAGGAGAAGAAGGAAAAAGCCCACGUUGAGCGCCAACACCGACCACAGUGUUCCACAAAUAGAGCUCAGGACGUUCAGCACUGUUUAA